AUGGUUGAAUAUACGGCCAAUGCCUUACAGCCAGUCUGUGUGGCUGCUACACACGAGGCUGGGAUUGAGGAUCAGAGUUCUCAGAUGAACAUGCGGUCCACUAGCCAGGAGCAAGAUGUCAGCACGGAGAGGACGCCGCGAGCCGCCUCAGGCAUAUUUGACUCCAACAUCAUCAAAAGUGCCGAGUGGUCGGCUGAUGGAACCACGCUUUUGACAGACUCGGCAGACCAUCACAUUAGGAGCUAUAUCUUACCACCAGACCUCCUUGAAGAGAGAUCAUCGCCUCUUCAUUUAUCGCCAUAUUCGACGUUGGCCUCAGCGGAGCCGACAUAUUCUAUGGCCAUGUACCCCUUCUUCUCUCUCCAGGACCCUUCUACCACUUUGUUUCUCUCUUCUGUUCGAGAUCAUCCGAUCAGACUAGCAUCUGCUCUGGCGCCUAUGCAAGUGGCCUCUUAUUCAUUGGUCAAUCCCAUGACCGAGGCGUUCAUCACUCCUCACUCGAUGCUAUACCCCCCAAGUCUCGGAGGCACGCAGUUUCUCACCGGAUCUGACAGCCUCAUCUGCCUAUUUGAUGUCUCUCGACCAGGGAACGACGGACCUGUCACGUCAAUGCCUACUAUUCCGAGUAAGCGCAGGCAGGUCGUGGGGGGUGGGGUGGGCAUGAAGGGGAUCGUUUCUGCGAUGGCCGUGGAUCCCAGCGCGCAAGGUAUACUGGCUGCAGGGACCUUCACCCGUCACGUCGGGCUCUAUGACUCGCACGGGAGCGGACAAUCUCUGGGAACAUUCAGCAUCGCAAAGACAGAAGCAGAUUCCCAUAUCGGAGGGCGCGGGAUCACGCAGCUGCUCUGGAGUCCCUGUGGUAGGUAUCUUUAUAUCGCAGAGCGCAAAAGUGAUGGAGUCUUGGUAUAUGAUAUUCGAGUGACCGGUCAACUGCUCGGAUGGCUGCAAGGGCGCAAGGCUCUCACAAAUCAGCGCAUGAAGAUCGAUGUGGUGGCCACUGAUCAAGGAGGCUCGCAUGAGAUCUGGGCGGGAGGAACCGAUGGAUGCAUGCGAGUGUGGCAGAAUCCUACCCAUACUGUUGGGGGACAGGAGCCGAAGUGGGAGUGGAAGGUUCACGACGAGUCAGUAAGCAGUACUGUGCUGCAUCCUUUGGGUAGCGUGGCCGCUACAACUUCAGGGCAAAGGUAUUUUGCAGACGAACCUGACGGUAGCACUGCACCCCGUGACUCGCAUAGCGACAGAAGCCUAAAAGUCUGGUACAUGCCAUUUCUGAAUAGUACCGGCAACGUCGAUUGAACUAACAGGAGGGUGUUACAAAAAUAAUGGUUGUGUGAAGUGCAGACCAGAAUUCUAGAGACCUCAUUCAGGGACGACGUCAUGAUAUGCGAACUGAUGGGGUCUUUGAAACAACAGCGAAUAGGUUAUCAUCGCGUCUUAUUGCCUGAUGAUGACACCGGUCUUCAAGCUACAGUUGCCUGGCUUGUAUCGAAGCCUGCAUAUGCACACUUCGGUGACACAAAACAUUGUCCUGAAGCCACAAUUCGUCCAUCAGACUCGACACACAAGGUAAUAUCAUACUGAACCAAGGGAAUACCGGUUUGGGAGCGAUGCAGAUCAUCG